CUCAGUCGCUGGUUCGCCGCGCGCUGGGCAGGUCGCAGUUAGUUUCGAGUUUGCAAAGCGCGAAACAUGCGCCUCGCACUUUGCUAGUCUUCGCGACGUACGCGGGCCACGUUACCACGCUCGCGGUCCCGCUGAGUACUAUCCUUGGCUAUGGUGUGACGGCAGUUAGUUUGAUUCACAAGGCGCUAGAGCUAAGCGAAGAUCUCAUCACCAGCGAUGUGCCAUUGCCAAUUAUAGGGAAGCGCGAGCGCACGCUUAAAACAGCAUAAGCGCGGUAGCGCGCCAGAUCGACGCCUUGGAACGGCAGGAUAUGAGCACUGCCAUGCGUACCCUAACAAUCCUGCAGAAUGGUCUGCCACAGCGUAUAGCCCUGGAGCUAAAGUUAAACAAUCUGAAAGACUACUUCAAUCGCCUGGACAUCUACUACAACCGUAUGAAGCAGUACACUGACGAACGCGCUCCGGCCGCACGCUUUCGUCGUUUCGAACGGUACACGCUCGAAAACUUCGCUGGCGAGGCAAUUGCGCACAACCCCAAUUCGGUGGUGAGCCUCAUCGAGCGUGUGCACGAGUACUUCAAACCGGAGCGGAAAGGCAUUCUCAACAACGACAUUGUUAAACCACUCGAGCACCUUGGCGAUGCAGACGAGAUGCAAAUACAAUACAUCUUUGUGCUCUCGGUGACGGCGGCGGUGAUGGGUGUCGAAGCCCGUGCGCCUCGUGAACGUCCGCUGCUACCUGUCGAUAAUAUGCGCAAGGCGUUCCUGCGCUUAGAGGACGAACUUUCGACGACGGUCGCGAAUAGUGCGAUGGCAAGUAACGAGAUUGCCAAAAAUAGCAUCCCGCUCGACUUGGUGCUCAUUCGCAAGAUGCAAGGUUUCGACGUGAAGCUCCAGCAGGAGUUCCCGCACGAUAUAAAUUAUGGUCUGGACGCGCUGCAAAACUCGUGGGUUUGGGCUCGCGCCAGUGCCGAGAUGCGCACGAUCUUCGUCACAUACGAAGCGUUCCGCCGCUUUCAGGACCAGCAGACAGCGGUGGGGCGUAUUCCGUCGCCGCGUCAGGCGUGGGUCGAUCUCGCCGAAACGGUAUUGAACGACUCGAAGGCCUCAAUGCCGGGCACCAUGCAGAAAUUACACGAGCUCAAGAUCAAAGAAAACCUCUUCCUCAAUGCACUUAGGGAAGUUGAUGGUGGUACUCUAUGCAGUAUUCAUGAAUCGCCACAGCAAAUGUUGCUAAACCUCUACAAUACCGCCGUGAUCACCGAGCUCAAGGCCUACGCGAUGGUUCAAUUUUCGUACAUGUUGCUACGUCUCUAUGACAAGGGCAACUUCACGAACGAGGCUGAAGUUAUGAGAGAAAAGUUCCUGCAACGCACCAGAGAGACUACUGAGUCGAUGCGCGACGCUCUCAGCCGCGCGUCCAGAAAGUUAUGGAUCUGUGAUCCCAAGUUCGUUAAAGGCAAAAACUACCUCGAGAUAACUGAGCUGCUACAGGGUUACAUUCAAAACGAGGUGGACCUAAACGACCAAGGCACAUGUCGUGAAAACUGUGCGGAGUAUAAAUAUACUAAGAGCCACUCAUGCUAUAUGAACCUCUACUGCAAACAGCAGCGGCGGUGUAACGGCAAAGUGAUAAACUGUAGAUUCGUGGACUCCGACUCGCAGGUGUGUCCGGCGGGACCUGGUACCAACCGGCGGUACGAUUACGUCGAGUACGAAGACGGGCGUGUUUACGGCCAAAAGGGUGGCUGUGCGAGGUCCACUGCUAAGGUGGAUAGUUGGUGGCGGUGGCUGUUCUGGCAUUGCUCUUACUGUAUGUGUCUCUGCGACGAGCAGGGUACAAACUCAGAUCGGUACAUUAACCUACGGCCAGCAUUAACCAAUAUAGAACAAAACAAAGUGGCGGUUGGAUUACGCUUCGCUAAAGUUGGGCGGAUAAUAUACUUGCAGAUCCAAGAAGGUGAGCUUGGAAAAUCUGGUUCUAUCACCUCAAAGAACUGGGUACCGCUAGAGAGUUACAAUAUCACUGAUAGGAACGUGCAUAAUGGGGUGGACUAUCACACAUUAACAUUCGAAAGCAGGGCGCUAGAUUUAGACGACUUGGAAACUGAAGAGCAAGAUCAAGUACUCACAGGAGUGCGAUUCCAAAUGCUCGGAUCUCAUCUAAACUUCCAAAUCCGACUGACCUCUUUCGACUUCCUUACUGGGCAGUUACAACCUGAGAAGAGCUAUUGGAAGAGUAACCACAACACGGAUGCCGCGCGCAUUAAUCCCAGCCACUCAUUGGGACUCUAUCGACCUUAUCGAUUGUUUGCUUUCUUUCUUUCAAUACAGGAAAAACUCGACCUGGAGCGGCGUGAUAUCCCCACGCGUGCACAGUCUACCUCGCAACCGGACAGCCAAAGCGACAUGUAUCUUGAAUUCACGCAUACGGAUUAUGAGCGCGACGUGGCACAGACGACUAUUCCGUUCUUCGAUAGCCAAGACGUCGUCUCGGAGAUUCCGGUGCCCUUGUCGGGUGCCGGCAUUUACCACAAAGGCCUGCCAAGCUUCGGCGGCUUUGUCGCGCCAAAGAUUAUUACGUACAAUUACAACGCGUUGCUUGAGAACGCCAUCGACGAUUUGGACCCCGACAAGUUGGUCAACUAAACUUUAUACUUAUUGUUAACGCAUUCUUUCAAAGAAAUAAACUAUGAUACGAUUGUAAGCUUUUUAAACGAAUAUUGUAAACAGACGAAUAAUGUGAUUUGAUUAUUGUAUAUCAAUGUAAAGCCCUAGACGUAGCAGUAAUAAAUAAAUAGUUUCGAAGACA